AUGGAGAACGGAAAACAGGAACAUAGCAUUUCAGAGGAGGGUGAUAUGGCACAAGGCAAGCCAAAACAGCGAGGAGUCGGCUGUAACCCUUUUAAGAGAAGAGAUGAGAAAUAUUCCACUGAAAAAUACGAGCUACCUUUGGUAGGUUUCAACCCCGAAGCCGCGAAGCAACGACGCUCAUUUGUUUAUGAAGAUCCAGUUCUGGAGAGUAGUGAGGUCGUAACCCCUAUAUCACCUCAUGCUUUAAAGUUGUUUGAAGCUAUCCGAGAAGAUGAAAUGGAACUGGUCGAAGCGGAGCUUUCUACCCUAACAGAUAAGCGACAAAUCGAUAAAUUAGGCGGACAUGGGUUUGCCCUAAUCCAUGUGGCUGCUCGGUAUAAUUUCAGCAGAAUAGUGACUACACUACUAGAUCACGGAGCGAAUAUCAACGUCGGGACGAGUGACUAUCGAUGGACGCCUCUUCAUCUAGCAGCCAGGUGUGUUGAAACAUUUAAAACAUUAUAUUCUACAUUGCAUCUAUUCUAACGUUUCAGAAUUACAUAUUAUUUACACGAAUCACUGAAAUUAUCGCCAGCUUCCGCAAUCGAAUGUGUGCAACAAAUCGUUUGUUAAAUAGGCUAACGUGUAAAGAAUUUGUUUAUUGCAUUUGUUAUUUUUAGGAAAGUAACUUUUAUUGCUUUCUUUUGAAGCUAAAGGAGAAAACAAUCCAAUGUUCCCCUCUCUCUCCUUUCAUUUGAAAUUUACAUGUUGUAUGUUGUAAUUGACAAAUCAGAUAUUAAAAGGAAAGUCAUCACAUCCUGUACUGUAACAAUUUUCGUACUGUUUUGGGAUACAUUGGCUUUUUAACCUCAAAAUUAAAAGCAUCUCGAUAUCGAAACAGAUCAUUUUCAAUCCUGCCUUUCUUAGAUGAAUUACGUGACUUCUAUCCUAACAAAUACACUAUCAAGUGCUUUUAUUGGAUUAAUUGAUUUGCAAAUAUUUCUAAGUUUGACGGAAAGAAAGUCUCCGUGAUUGAGUUUUGUCAGUUCUCUCACACGCACAAUAUCGAUGGUAAUUUAAAUCAAAAUUUGAAGAAAGGAGGAAAAGCUUUGUUACGACUGAUGUAGAAUGAAGCGUUAAGUGAUCAGGGCGUGACUGUGAGGCUGUGGUUUAUAGUGUUAAGUAAAGUACCUAGUUUUCUGGAAAAUUUUACCGUUGGGUGUAAAACAACCAAGCUUCCCUGAGAAAAAGACGGCGAAGACGAAUUUUAACGUUCACCAAAACAGUCAGCCCCCCGGGGGGAGACUCAUGGGAAUUCUUGUUAGGGGUGUGCUGCCCGGUUCUCCAAAUCCUGACCCUACUUCAGACCGAAAAAUGUCAUUUUUUUCAUCCGUUUUCAGACCUCGCCUCUAAAAUCCACACUCAUUGUCAGACCUAGCCUGGCCUUUAAGAAAUUAUGUCAUCAUUACUUAGAUUGGAAUAACAACAAAAAAUUCUUAAACCAUUUCGAAUUCACCUAUUUCUCUUUCUUUCUUAUUCAUUUUAUAAUUGAAACAAGUACACUCUGAGUUUCCUCGAAAACCAUACCCGAUUCCAGACCAAAAUGAGGCAACUCUAUACCCGUUUUCAGACCAAAGCUGUGCAAAAACCCUACCUUUUGGGGCUCCUGGGGUGGCACAUACCUAUAUGGCUUAUAUAGGGGAGUACCCCCACCCCGGGGGUCAGCCCAAGUCGGUCCCUAAACAGUGAUGGCAAACUGUUACAGCUUACAAAGAAGAUGUUAAAAAAUAUAAAUCAUUAUUGUUAUUGUUGUUAUUAUUAUUAUUAUUAUUAUUAUUAUUAUUAUGUAAAAUUUAGCACAGGGAUUUUCCCUGGGGACAAGUAUCCAGUCAAGUCUCAUCCCGAGACCUCAGACUUCCAGCACCUUUCUGAGGAUAUGUGCCGACUUUUGCAUCGUUCUUGUUCGGUUUUUAAUUCCUAGUUGCUCCAAGUGGCCUGCCAGCUUCUUUGACACUGAACCCAAUGCACCUACAACCACUGGCAUUAUUAUUAUUAUUAUUAUUAUUAUUAUUACGAUGGGUAAUCAAAUGGUGACCAGUCGAGUUAAUGAAUAAUUUCACGCGUGAUUUGUCCUAAAGGCUCGGGAAAUUAUUGCCCCCGCAGGGUUCCGGACCGUAAAUUCCCCCGCGUAGAGAAGUAUCGUUUUUUACGUUGUAUUGGUAAUAUAGGAAUUGAAUUAACUGCAAAAACCGUGGACGAAGAUCCUGAUAGUUAUAAACAUUGGACAUCUAGAGAAGAGACCUAAUCAGCCAAAAUAUUACUAAAACGAGAAGUCCAAAGACUACUGCAAAGCUGAUCAGAACAACUUGUUUUGUUUUUUCAUAACAAUAUUUCGGCUCACCGUACCAGUCUUCUUCAGGCUUACAGAUGUUACUGCACUUAUGAUAGGAAUGUGUUAAAAGUUAUUUUUUUUAACGCUACAGGUGAAACACGCUCCAUCAUUUCACAUAUUACUUGUAACACUAAAAACGUGAUCUACAUGGUUCAAUGUAACCGUUGUAAUUUACAAUGUAUAGGUGAAACUAAGUUACGCCUCAAUGACAGAUUUAACGAACACAGACGACCAGUCCACAAAACUAACAUUAAAUCUGUUUCUGAACACUUUCUCUCUCACUCUAACCAUUCUCAUACUGACAUGUAGUUAAUCCCACUAGAGAAAAUUCACUCUGCACGUGACUCAGUGCUUAAGGCUAGGGAGUAGCAUUUGAUAGAUAAGGCCAUGACUCUUGAACCUAAUGGCCUAAACCGCCGUGACGAAUUAUUGUAAUCCAUAUCCUUAUCAUUUCUUCUUUUCCAGUUUUUGUUUUGUACGUCAUUUCCGCCUGUCCCUUUUAAACAAUUUCUAUUGCGACAUUCUCCAUCUAUAUAAUAUUGUGUUUCUUAUCAUAGGUUCAGUAACAUCUGCAAACCAGAAGGAGGCUGGUUUGGUCAGCCGAAAUAUUGUUAUGAAAAAACAAUACAUGUUGUUCUGAUCAGCUUUGCAGCAGUCUUUGGACUUCUCGUUUUUGGUUAUUGGUAAUAUGCAAAUCUUCUCGAUUUGAAGAAACUAGGCGCGCAAGAUGGUCCCGGUUAAAUUUUCAGCAAGCGCGCGAAGUGGUCUUGGAAAAUUCUGUUGUGCAAGCGCGCAAUGUGUUAUUGGCAAAUUCUGGAAACGCGUCGUUGACUGGUCAGCAUUAGAUUCCAUCCUCCAGAACCACCUUCCCCUUUUAGCUACACUUACAUAAAAUCUCAAAGUCUCUUAAAAUUUCUACUCUUCUAAUCUUUUUUUUAAGUCUAAAAUUGGGGCAUAAGCGGGAUUCGCAUUCGCGGCCCUAGAAACCGAAAUCCAUCGCCUAUACCACUAUUCGACUGCAAGUUAAUUUUUCGUUUUACAUACUUAUACUUAGUGACAAACCUAACAGUAAAUGAAAGCUAACCAUUUCGAGUCAGCGCUUAGCGAGAAGCCAAUCGGAAAAAGAAAAUAUAUGAACAAAAAAACGACAAGAAAGAAAAAACGAGCUUUUGUAAGAAUCUAAUCCCGCACAUUUUGUCUGCGAGAAAUAUUUCUUACCACAACGCUACGUGACGAAAUGGAUUUGACACGGAUUGUUUGACGUAUGGAUUUUGACAUAUUGAUGUAUUGUAUUGUAAGUAUUGUUUCUAAAGUGUUUUCCCUUAUAACUUCCUCCGGAAAGGUGCGUUUAAAGCUGAUCGUCUCAUAUUUAACACGAAUUCAAAAACAUGUGUCAGGAAAAUAAGCGGGCUUUUGACCGGAUAAUACAAACCACCCUUAACGAUAUGCCCAACAAAGCCGAAAAACUGGUCUUCGAAGUAGGACGUUAAACAUACGUUUUUUUUACCUCGAUUUUCUUUCCAUGUUCUCAUAAAAGUAAUUCUGCCUUUGAAAUCCAUCGCUAAAGGAAAUUAUUAAUAUUAUAAUGAAAAAAUACACUAAUAAUAAUAAUAAUAAUAAUAAUAAUAUUAAUAAUAAUAAUAAUAAUAAUAAUAAUAAUAACAUUAAUAUAGCCUGCGAAUGCAGCCGGUAGAGACGUUUCGUCAGGAGGAACGCCUACGCCUCGGCGACAGAAAUUUAAUACUGAUGACGUAAAUAAAUGUUAAAGUUUGAAUGAAGGUAUGAUCGUCGCAGUGGUAAUUGCAAUUUAAGCAAUUGCAAAUUGACCCGAAAAAGAUUUUGGGACUUCAACGGGAUUCGAACCCGUGGCCUCUACGUUAGCGCUGCAGUGCUCUACCAAUUGAGCUACGAAGACCCAUACAUUGAGAGCUGGCCAAUUUGCCGAGCUCAUCUAAACUACUGAAAGGAAUGAACUGCGGAAAUACAAUAAAGGUAUGAUCGUCGCAGUGGUAAUUGUUCAAAUAAUAAAUCCAGUGGUCAUGGGGAUCCAGAUGUAAGUUUGUUUGAUGCUAUGUUUCUCCUGGUCGAUUAUGGUUACGUUCUGUGUUUUACUGCGACCGAGCUCCAGCAAAACUCAAAUUCUUUGUCUGAAGAAUAAUAUAUUCCAGGAAUAUUGACGGAUUCAUCACGUUCACUACGCCGUUUACAUUUGACCUUUGUGGCCUUUUUUCUUUUGUCUGUCAUUUGUGAACAAUGGAUAAAACAAUAUAACUACUAUGUCGACGAAUCAGAGCUCCUGACUAGAUUCCGGAUAGAUUUUACGGCAUCCAUAUAGAAUUUUCUGUUGAUUCUCAACAAAUUCUUGGAGGCGUUGAAGGCCUUCGGCCUGACCAUCAGCCUCAGUAAGACCGAGGUACUGUACCAGCCUGCUCCAAACACCACACCCGUGGAGCCAAACAUCAGCAUCGAUGACACGCCGCUGGCAAAUGUCGACAGCUUCAACUACCUGGCCUGGUCAGCAUCAUCUUAAACGACGGAUUCCUGGAUAAAGAAGUCACGUCCAGGAUCACCAAAGCAAGCCAAGUGCUAGGGAGGUUGCGCACAAAGGUUCUCAAUCACCAUUACAUUUGUCUCUCUACGAAACGGAAAGUCUACAGAGCUAUAGUCUUCUCCGCUCUGCUGUGUGAAUGCGAGACUUGGACACUGUACCGAAGGCGUGUCAAACACCUGGAGAACUUUCACUUACGUGCCCUCCGUUCCAUACUUGGCAUGCGUUGGCAAAACUGUAUCACAAACCUAGAGGUCCUGGACCGUGCAGAGUGUAUCGGCAUUGAGGCCUUACUCAUCAAGCUCAGCUGCGAUGGAUGUGACAUGUCAUCAGAAUGGACGAUCCUCGCAUGCCCCGUCAACUGCUGCAUGGAGAUCUUGAGGCUGGCAAGAGAAAGCAAAGCCGCCCGCGCAAGUGGUAAAAGGACACUGGGAAGGGAAACCUUCAGUAGUGCAGCAUCCAGCUGAAAGAACUUAAGGCUGCAGACAGUGACAGAAGUCAAUGGUGUUCACUGACCCACCCAGCCACCACCAGUUUGGAGGACGACCGCCGUCAAAGACUGAUAGAGACCUUAAGCACAAGGACGGGAGACACGAGGACGGUGAACCGGAAGUCCAUUUUCUGGUUCAGUCAUGCGCAGAACGAAAGAAGACGUCUGCGGGAACGUCGCUUCCCAUGCCAAACUUUUUCGUUUUGCACUUCGACUUACCAGAUUUUUCGAAAGAAUCGUUAGGAAUCAUCUUUCUGGUGUUCAGCGUUAAAGUAUUUUGGAAGACAUUAGGGAACUUAAGGACCACGACGACGGCCGGAAGUGAAUUACAGUGCGCUGCGCAAGCGCGACCAGUAAAUUUCGUCGUCGUCGUGUCGUCGACGACGCCAAACAAAGUAGAAUCACGUCGUCCUGCAAUCCACAAGCUUUGGCAGGUAUAAAUCCACUGUUUUAAGCGAUUUUUGAAGUCCUUUGCAUUUUCUUAUCCUCGUCAUUCCAGGUAUCGUUCCUUUUUUCUCCUAACAAGCGAUGUUGAUUGAAAAUUCGACUAAUGAAUUGAUUUUGCCUCGAAGAAUGGCAACAGCUGUGGAGGCCGAGCGAGCAAACUCGUAAGUGAUAAAUUUAUUUUUACGUAAUUAGGUAAGGCAAAUCAUAUAUCUUUAAUAUAGAGGAAUAAUGUCUCUUUUUCGAAAUCUAAACUCUGACAGACACUCGGACUCGGUCAUCUCAUUCAAGUUGAAAGUUGAAUAAUUUCGUACGGAAACUAGGUGUUUUUCCACUCGAAAAGGUCAGACAACACAAAAAAUUCUUCAUCGUCUAUAGAAUUAGACGUACGGCUUAAAAAAUAAGAUGUUUCAUUGUUUUAACAGACGCCAGUGCGAAAAACUUUGUUGCGAACGAACAUCACAGUUUUACAUUUGCGUUUGCAUUCAGUGUCGUAAUCGUCCACCUACCGACCGUCUGCAUCUUAAGUUUCCUUUUUCCCGCCGAAACUGACGUUCUCGUUCCAGUCUUUUCCCAGUCAGCAGACGUCGUCGUCGUGAACUUCGUCGUGGUUCUUAAGUUCCCUAUUAUAAGAUCAACCUCGUUCCUGAAGCAGAGAAAGCCUCAAGCUUAAAUAAACCGUCUCGUUAAGCUAAGAUCUCUAAUGUUUAUAUUUUCAAUGGCGAUCGCUCUUUUCUUUGCAGAGCAAAUACAAUAUUCUUUACAGCAGAUGAUGUGAAAGCAAAAUCUGUCAUAGGAAUAAUACUUUGUGUUAAGUCAUUUGUUUUCAUUUUCCCGAGAAAUAUAUGGAUAAAACUAGGGUAUCUAAAAGAUAGUAAUGCUGCGGCACAUUCUGUUGAUACUGGCAUUAGUUAGGCAGUGAGACUUAAAAGAAUCAAAAAUGACAUUGAAUGUCCUAUUUACAUGUUGGAAAGUACUAGAAUAAUUACUAUCAGUCUAUAGAAAGAACUCGUGGGAACGUUGUUUAGAAAAUGAUCAAGUGGUUAUCAACUCUGGUUUUCCCACAGUAAAUUGUAGGAAAUAAUAGAAAUUCAGAUCGUUUAUCUAUAUAUUUAAUAUACAGUGCACGAUAUUUUCUCUGGAAACACGAUACUUUUCUUGCUGUUUGUUGCAAUUUAUUAAGUAACAGUUAUUUAGCUAUAUAUUUAUAGAAAACAACAACACAAAAAACGGGGAAAAAAAGAAAGAAGGAAUAAAUAACUCAGCAGGAUUCGAACCCAGCACCUUCGACUCGACGCGACUACACUUAACCACUACACCACAGAGACAGAAUACGUAGUCUUUAGGAAAGUCUUUCAUUUUAUUCCUUUUCCAUGAAACUUCCGCCAGCAAGAUGAUCGCCAGCCGCAUUAACCGAGCUAUUAACAGUGAAAAAACAAUGUAAACGCAUAUUCCAUGGCAAUAAAUGAAUGAAAGAACAUAAUUAUGCUUUUCAAAACGCCGAUACACGUCCUCGUCUGCAAAGUAGGACACAAAACAUAUGUUUUGUUAUCUCGAUUUCCGCUGUUAUUUUGAAGCGAAUGGUCAAAAUCACAUCCAUUUUCGGCUCAUACAGUUUCUUAAGAAUAGCAUUGCAUGACAUUUUCUCACUUUCACAUCACCUUCUAGCAAGCUGGAAUUUGUAUAUCCCCCGCGUUGCGGAGUCGAAGAGCAAAAAAGGCUCUUGAAUUGAAAUCCAAUCCCCAAGUUAACCAUCGUACUCAUCUGAAAGACUCCUGCAUGUCUUAAAAUUUGGUAAGACCUCUAACCGUGCUGUAGAAAAUUUGCCACAAAGAAAACUCUAAGUCUGAGCAGCGAACGAUGCACUCUCUCACCCACCGAACUUCCCCGUGUUUUUAUUUGAGAUGUUCGUGGCGCAAUGCACUCUGGUUAAAUGCAAUGCAUUCUGGUAAAAAGUGUGGUUAAAUGCAAUGCAUUGUGGUAAAAAGUGAUGAAUUCGAGAAUUCGUCGCCCCUUAUAUAUUUCCUUUAAAUCCUGAUUAUGUUGCUGCUCGCUCCCUUCGGUCGCUCCGCAGCAAAAAAAACAGGAAAAUUAUGAAGCUUUAGUAAUUAUUUGUCCUCUACCGUCAGAAAUAACGUCAAGGGUGUUUAGUUCACUAGAGAGAACAAUGACAAGAAACUUGCAGAGUGACGGAUGGCUUUCAAGCGAAUUCUCGUUGAUGUACAAGGUAUAUUUAUGCUUUCAAAGGGCAUGCAUGAAUUUUUAUAUGCUCUUGGCUUUAAAAUUAAUUCCAAAUGCAACGAGUAUCGUCUCCUUCUCGUCGCAACUGCUUUAGCAUUUCUCUGGUCUUAAACCUGUUUUGUCCUGCCUUUAUUUUACUUGUUUUUUUUUUUUUUGCUAUGCUUGUUUAGUUCUGUUUUAUCUGCUUUUGCAAAAGACGCGCGAGUAGAGCGCGACGGUAGUCUCUCCCCAGUCUUUCAACGGAUUUCCCGCCCCCGUCGUCUCUUCCUGUCCUGAGCGCGGUUGCAUAAAACCUGCACUUAAGUGCUCACUUAAGUAGGUCACUUACGAAUCCGUUAUGGGUACGCUUACGGGUGUUGCAUGGAACGCACUUAGCACUCUCGUAAGUUUCUGUUUCGUGGUAACUUACGGGCUCACUUAAGGGCGCAGGUAACUUUGAUAUAGUACUUUAUUAAUGACUCACUCUCUAUUUUUUUUUGAUGGGUGUAAAGAAAUAAGCUGAUCGUUUCGAACACUUUUAAGCCUCUGUUAGAUGAUUAGGGAAAUUCAGCCGGUUGAGAUAACGUUUUAUAUAAACAGAAAAAAGGGUGUCAUCAUUUAGCAAAAAAAAAUCGACCGAGAAGUUUCGACAUAAUAAAAAAUAGUUUAUUUAAGGUAAUAUCUACACAGGUUCAAAACUACUCGUCAGUGUUAAGUUUUCGUCUAAACAACUUAAGAUCAAGCAGUUGUUCCUUCUCUUUUAGAAUUCUCAUUUUAACUUCAUGCUCUUCUUUUAAAUACUCUUCAUAUACCUUCUCAAUGUCCCAUUCUCUAUGUCUUUGUUCCCUAACAGUGUCGGAAUCACAGUUUGGUUCAGUUGUUUGCUCUUCCCUUAAACGGCUUUCUUCUUGCUUGUUCUCUGAAGUUUCCUUGCCACUUUCCAAUCCAACCAUCCUAUCUGGGCGCACUGGAAGGUACGAAGAAGUUGACGAUAGGCUGUCUUUCUCACUAGCGUCACUUGAAGCAUCAAGGGUGUGUUCACUGGCUUGGAUUUUAUACGAGGGAGGGAUUUUCUUUUCCGAGUAUCUCGGUGAUUAGUUCGUCAACAUCAGUCCACUCUAUUGCACCACCCCCAGUCUUCUUUCGUUUGGUGUGUUUGGGUUUAGUGGCUGACGACAAGCCCUGCCAUUUCUUUUUAAGUUGUUCCUUGGUUCUUGGUGGGAACCCGGCGGCUACUAACUGGUUACGAACCUCCAACCAUGUUUGCAUUUUCAAUAUAGAUUUCAGUGUAGGAGAUAAAAUACCGAAUAGAGUCAUCUUUCUCUUUUUUACCUCAGAGAAAAAAUUUGACUUCAUCCGUCUUAAAAUUCGGCGUUUGUUUGCUGGGGUUAAAGCCUUGUUCAUCUGCACAAUUCCCUUGUUUAUCUAAACGAUGAUAAAGAAGAAGCUACGGGCGACAGCAGCAAUGCUGAUAUAAAGGCUACCAAGACGACAUCAGUGAAACUGAAGAGAGUCGACAAAAACGCGGGAAAUUUGUUCGUUCGUUCUUUUCACAAUCCUUAUAAUCCAUUGAAGCUGAUGACAGUUUUUGAAUAUUUUUAGAUCAUUGAGCAAAGAAGAUUGACAUUUCACUGAAUAUCCUUUGAGUGCAACCUGAUCAAGUCCGUUGACUUUCGUUGAAAUACGUUUGCAUGCCAUCGUUAUUAUACUGCAAUAUUUACUGAUAAUGUUUGUUGCAAGUUUUAUGCAACACCCCGCGCAAUUUCUGUUGCAUAAAUGAAACGUGGGUGGAUACUUACGAAAAUCGUACGCGCAGUCACUUAAGUGAAAUCCCUAAGUGGACCACGUAAGUGAUAACUCUCUUAAGUUACGUGCACACGUACGUAUACCCGUAACUGUUACGGGCGUUUUAUGCAACCGGGCCCUGUUGCUUAGGGGUCUCUGUUGGCAGCCUAUCAACGACGCCAAAGAGCAUUCUCUGCUGAUAUCACAACAACGGAGUUCCAGUAUCCCACCUGCUCCAGACUCUGCGCUUCCAGAUUGGGUUUGUAGAGCCACCAGAGAAUCCAUGGAUAAUCACACAACACGCAGUCCACGACACACAGUCUUCUUCGACACGAUGGACAGCCACCAAACAAGCACGUUUAAAAGAGGAGUUCUUUCGAAAGAGUUGCGCCACAUUUUAUCGUCACGCACUUCUUUCGCUAGCAAAAGAAAAUAAGUAUUGUGACCUCUCUAGAACUACAAUGUAACGCAACAAAAUCACACGUCUCCAAGAACACGUAUCGGGAAUAGUGGAGUACAUUUUUCUAUAUUUUGUUUGAUUAGCUCAUUUAGGGACCUAAUAGAGUGGUAUUAUUCAAGCUACUGGUUUAACCAAGUCCUCUUGUUUGUGUUAGAUUCAAUGGUCUCUCCACUGUUGUCGAUGUUCUUCUGCCACGAGGCGCUGAUCCCUCCCUGAGAGGGAAAAAUGGGAACACCCCACUUCACUUGGCGGCGCGUGGAGGACAUGAAGAGAUCGUUAAAGUUCUUUUGGAUCAACCUUCCGUUGAGGUUGACGCUAAAGAUAAUUCUGGAAAAACUGCUCUUCAUUUUGCUUGCAGCGAAGGUCACAGAAAGGUUUGUCAAAUCUUGUUGAACUUCGGAGCGGACAUAAAAGCGAUUUCAGCGGACAAGACAACUCCGCUUCACAGUGCCAUUUUCAGUGGGCAUUCAGAGGUUGCGAUGAUGAUUUUGAAGCGAGGUUAGAGGUUAUUGAUUUAACAGUAAUUGAAGUGAUUCCUUUGGAGUGUAAAGAGUCCUUAUUUAUUUAUUUAUUUAUUAUCGAACCACUCCCUGUGGGUCAUUAAAUUUAGGUCUUCCUAACGAGUUAGUCAUAUAAAUCUGGAAGCGUCUCACUGUAAUGCAAGUCCUCUGUGAAAUUCUGGCGAUGACAGAUAAAUGCUGACUGCUAAUUUGCUGGAUAGCACACAUUUCACUUAAACGUUCAAUUAUGCACUACUAAGAACUUUAUGGAGACAUUGCCUGAUCGUAUCAACCUGCUUAUCUGGCGGCAAGAGAAUAGGUUAGUGCCUUAGCCGCCGCGCGUACACUGUAGCUAGCGGCGACGUUUUUUGCCUGCUGCGGGAUCUCAGUUUGACUCUUCCCUAUUUUCUCGCUGCUUUAUACCCCAAACAAAAACAGCAACAGCACUCACAGAAAGAAGCAGUAGGGCAGAUAAAUCCCGCCACCUACCUAGGCUAGUGUAAACAUAGUGAGAUUGUAGAGAGCAUAGAGCCUGGGGACUAGACUCCUAAAAGUCGUCUUUGGUCGUAAUAAUGGGGCGAUCGUUUGGUGAAGGUGCACUAUGUAAGUGAAUUCUCCUCUUAUCUUGCUGUCAUUGUUUUUGUACUUUACAGCUGCCGACAGAGAUGUAGAUACUAACGAGAAAGAACUUAUGGGAACUUGUGACUUACAGGACACCACAGUUUUGCACAUGGCCGCAUGGAAUAAUGACGUCAAUACUGCUGAGUUAUGCCUUGAGAAAGGCGCUGAUGUCGACUAUCUUAAGUGUGGCUCGGUCACUGCCCUUCACAUAGCGGCAAUGAAAGGAAAUCUUGAGGUGGCGGAUUUGCUUAUUUCAAGAGGUGCUGAUGUGAACAAGAAAGACGGGAACUCCAAAACACCUCUCCACAGGUUAAUUCAAUUUGCAUUGAAUAAAGAUUGUUCAGACUAAGCAAUACUGAGAACUUUAAGUGUUGAAUAAACGUUCCAUAGAAUUUUGUCCAUAGCCUAAAAAAAUAGGGAAAAAAAAGGCUAAACUAGAAGCAUUUUGGUGGUAACGUUGUGGGUGACCUAAAUGUUUGUCAGGUAGUCGCAUGUGAAACAAAUCGGACAAACGCAAAUUUUCGUUCUAGGUCUCAAGAAAAAUGAUUAUUUAAUUAGUGAAGAACAUUCUUAUUUCCAGAUGCAUGUCGGUUAAUUCGCAAAUCAAUGUUCCCGGCAUGACAAUACUAAUGUUCUAGUUUUGCAGAACCUUAAAAGUAUCUCCAUGUUGUCUUCUUAAUUACCAGUCUGGAACUGGAAAAGUAAAAAACAGCGUUUCGUAAAUUUUAUGCUUCAAUCACUUAACUAACCCUUUGCUUAUCGUUUCCAUGUAGGGCCGCUAUGUUUAAGCAGUUAAACCUUAUUGAAUUUCUUGUGGAAAAGGAGGCAAAAAUUAAUGCUCGUGACAGUGAAGGACGUUCUCCUUUCUUGAAUGCUGUUGCUGCUGGGCACGUGGACUGCGCCCGAGUUCUUCUCAAAAUUGGAGCGGAUUUGGGCGCAGCGGACUUGCAUAUGAAAACCUGUCUUCAUAUUGCAGUAGAGAACGAGCACUUAGAGAUGCUAUCAAUGCUUUUGGAAAGUCGUGCGGGGGUAAGCUGUUUAAACAGAGGAGAUUUGAAGGAUAGAGUUCCUCUGCACUACGCGGCGAAGACGAGAGACAUCAAGGUAACGUUGGAACGGAACUGUUAG